AUGCGCAACAGGCCCUCGGCGCCAUCGACGCCCGAAUCGCCUCGGGCAAGCGCCAACGCGGGCGGGACGGGAGCAAGCCCUGCCCGCCCAACAGGACGAUGGGACACCAACGGCACACCCUCGACCUCGAGCCCACGGACUGGCGGAUACUCAGCUCACUCGGGGUCGAGCUACAACUCUGGCCACACGAACGGCACUGCCUCGGGGUCGAGGAGCGGGGACGGCCCCGGGUCGGGGUCUGGGUCAGGCUAUGGCCGCAGCGGACACGGCGGAGGUGGCGGAGGGAGUGGCCAGCGGCGCGGGUCGCCGAGCCUGUACGUCUUUGGCGACAGCUUUGUGGGGCCCUUCAAGCUCUUGGCGGACGACUGUGCAAAGGUCCAGACGUUCAAGGGGAGCAGUGCCAAGGGCCUCAACAACCCCAACUCUAUCAAACAGGUGUCCAACGAGCUGGUGCCGCUCCUCAACCAGCUCCUUGCUCCUCCGCCAUACGCAUACCUGCCGGCAACGGGCCGGUAUGCGCUGCUCAUCUUUGGAAAUGUCGACUUGCAGAUCAACUACCUGUGGCAAUUGCAGCACAAGCCUAUUGGCAAGGCUACCUGGUCCGAGGCGGAAGCCGAAGCCGAGACUGAGGAGGCUGAAGAGACGAGCGUCGGUCCGGCUGCAGACGCCGCAUAUAUCCUCGCCACGGCCACCGAGAACGCUGGCAAGGGCCCUGCGCUUGGCCCAGAGCGGUUCGUCGACACUGUAGUGAAGGCGUACACUUCCUGGCUGGAACGCGAGGUUGUCAAUGGCCCUAUUGGGCGGCGCGCUACCGAAGUCGCGGCGCAGGCGUCUGGCGAGCGUGCCGGUGCUCGGAAGCUGGCACCCACCAAGGUCCUGGUUGCCGGUGCCCUUCCCCCGUUAGUCGAGGAUCCUACACUCCCCCGUAUUCCGGAGAAGUAUGUCGAGCGCCUCGAGGAGGACCACAAGGCUGCACACCGGGCUCUGGCGGGCAGCGAGCAACGCGAGCGAGGGUCUCGCACGCCGUGGUCGCGUCAAGGACCGACGUCGCCUCCCACGAGCGUGUCCGAGCUGGAACGCGGCAUGGCUGCGACGUCGCUUGACACGCCCGGUUCUGCCACCCCGACCAAGGAGGACACCAAGGCCUCGGUCCUCGACCUCUUGAAGCACUCGCCCCCUUUGUGUACCAAGCCCGUGCGCGUGUCCAUGACACAGCGGUUCAACGAUGGCCUUGAGGCAUUUUGCAAGCUUCACCCCAGUGUCCUAUCCUACGUGGACAUCUCCGACGUCAUGCGUUCUAUUGACAAGGACGCGGCCGCCCCGUCGGCGGCCGACCUCAUCCCUGGCGAGGUCGACCGUGCCACUUGGGCAUGCCCCGUGGACCCGAGCAACAUCCACCCCCUGUGGGAGCCGACCUUGCCGCUCUGGCUCAAGGCCCUCGCGCCUCUUGGUGUGCCUACCGAAUCGUUUGCCAUUUCCGCAGACGCUGAAGAGACGUUUAGGAACUAUGAGGCAGACAAGCGCCGGCGCACGGAGGAAGGCGAGGCCAAGCUUGAGCGGCUCAAGCUUCGUGACGAGUAG